AUUGUAGUGUUAAGCAAACCUAAGAAAACUUUUGCUACAAAGUAUAUUGAAGUAGAUUUAAGAUUUCUAUGUUAAGUUCAACAAUAAUUGGGAGAGUAUGGCAGGCCAGAAGUUGUUUUCGGAGCACAUGUACAGUGCAAAAUUUCAAGAAGAAUUCAAGAAACACUGGCACUCUCAAAGCGAUUUCAAGAGUGACAAUCUGGAAAUCAUUUCAAAACCCUUUAAAGUAUGUAGGAUAUCAAAUUUCUUGAGGGACGAGAAGAUUAUAGAGAAUUUAAAAAGCGAAUUAGACUGUUACAAUCAUAAACGCAAAGCUCUCGACCUCUACCAGUUCGAGAAGACCGAGGAUCUGUUCUUUGCCACCGACAAGUGCGUCGAACUAUUGAACAGAUCAUUUCGAGAAGAUCUGACAUCGUGGAUGAGCCAGAAUACAAACAUCAAACUGAAUGGAAAAGUUUCGAUGUCGAGUGCCCGUUACUACAAUAUGGACUACCUACUGUGUCACGAUGAUAACAUGAGUGAUAGAAGAAUUGCUUAUAUAUUCUAUCUGACCAACAAUUGGACAGAGGAGGAUGGCGGUGCUUUGGAUCUCUUUGACACGGACGAGAACGGCUUGCCCAGGCAGACAGUGAGAUCAUUGAUCCCAGAAUACAAUUCUCUUGUGUUCUUCGAGGUAGUAAACAACUCCUACCAUCAAGUGACCGAAGUGCUGACGAAGGACAAGUGCAGGUGGUCAAUCAAUGGUUGGUUUCACGGUCCCUUAAAAGAGGAUUUCCAUAAAUCGCCGAGAAACGAACCGACGAAGGUUUUCAUACCACCGAGCUCCAUCGAAGUAGACUUGCACUCUUGGGUCACCGACGACUAUCUGGUACCCGGCAUAAUACAGCAGAUUCAAAAGGACGUCGAGAUGUCGUCUUACACGUUUCUUAAAGGAUUCUUGAAAGAAUCUACGUACCAGCAGAUUGCGAGUGAUUUGACAUCGCCGGAUAUCAGCUGGCGGACAAUCGGUCCACCGGACAUGCAUCGCUAUGAGAUAGCCGACGAGCAAACCUUGCCGAAGCUAGUGAAAGAUUUCUGUGGUCUUUUUAAAUCUGUUUCAUUUUUUCAAUUGCUGGAAAAAUAUACGGGGCUCGAUCUGAUGCCCAAGAAAACAAAGAGGCCCAAGAUGACGCUGGAAUUACAGAGAUGGUCGUCAGGUUGCUAUACAUUGUUGUACGACAGAUCGCUACUGAAAGACACUUCAGACGAGUCGAAGACUGACCGAUCUAACAACUACGCAAAAGUCGAUGAAGAUACGGCACCGGCGGCGCGUGCGUCGACCUCGGAUUUCUCGACUGGAAAGACGGAUCUGGCCGCAAAUGAAAUGCGUCGAGAGUUGAAGAGGGAACGAGUAGACGAUUCUUCUUCUGACGAUCCUCCUUCCCCAGCAAAUUCGCCUGAUAAGAAAAAAGUGGCCAGGUACCUUGACAGACAAUCAGACGUUGGUAUGUCGAGUAAGCACAAGCAUGGCACGGACGUGAGUGAAACUUCCUCGUCUGAGAACGAGAAGUUGUCUCGUAGCGGCACUCCGACCAGUGACAGCGAGGAUGAUUCUGCAAGUAAGGACGACGAGUUCCUACUUGACGUGAUAAUACAGUUCCAUACUCAAGACGCCAAAGGCAUACCGAAGACAGGAGACACAAUAGAUUUUGUGGAUCCUUGUGAACAAGAAGGUAUUUUAAUCCAAGUCCCGAUACGGGAUAAUCAUCUUUGUUUAGUCUAUAGAUCAUUCAUGAUAUGUCGUCUUCAUAAAUACCUGAAUCAUCUCUACGAUGGUUAUUCUUAUACUUUCAUAUGUACAUAUUAUGAAUAAUCUAGCGUGAUUUUUUGGUUAAAUUAAAAUAUUCUGUUAAAAGAGAUAAAAAAAAAUGUAUUAUAAGUCCAGCGUAAUUGCUAGCUUGAACCAACAAAUGAUAUAUUUUCUUGGAUCAGAACAAUAUUCUCUUUGUGAA